CGAGACCUCUAUGAUUGAGGAAGCUAAGCAAUCUUGAUUUGUUGAAAAAAAAUAUCAUAGAAUAUACAUGUACUGGUCUGCGUACUCAAAAUAGAAAUCAUGAAAGCAAUUUUACCAAACCUUAUUAGCGAUGAAAUACCCCUACCCUCACCAAAAGAACAGAAUGAAAUCAGAAGGAUUUCAGAUCCUCCAAAAUGUAGGACAAUUCGGAAACCCAUUUCAGUUGAGACAGGUUCUAUACGUUAUUUAGGUUACAAAGCAGCAAAAUGUUUUCAACAUUUUCAUUAUAUAUACAAUCUUACGAGAAAUUGCAAAUCUCGCGUUGAAGAGUUUCAAAACAACAAUGACACCACAAAUACCAUGCCUAAAGGCGUAAUCAUUAAAAUAGGGAUUGUUGGAAAGUUUACUGAUGACAAUCUUAACCUUGUGUCAAAGUGUAAAGGUAAAAGAAAGCUGUCAGAAGACAAUCAGACUUGGCAAGCGAUCCCAUUUCUUUGUUUUCAGAAUGAUCUUAGCUUGGAAUUAGCACUCAAAAUGUUAUCUAAAGAAAGCGCUUGUCACAGGAUCCUUAUCAAAUCCGAUAUUGACUGUGAUGAAUUGGACAUAAAAGAUGAUCAUAUUAUUGUUCUGAAUCAAAACAAAGAACGAAUUCAAGAAAUCAUCACCACCUGUUUAGAGGUACCACUUCAUCAAAUGUUACAACGGUGGAAGGAAAGUCUAAAAACUAAAAGCUCAACUAGAGCUGUAUUAAAAUUGAUUGACGAAAUAGAGGAUAUCAGUAAACAAAUGGUGCUUGAAAAGCCAAAAGACCCAACUGUUGUCUCUGUUGAAACAAGUGUUGGUACAAACUACAUUGUUCCAGAUGAUGUAAAGAAUGAUUUGUUCGGAAUGCCAGAGGUAAUCUCGUUUGGAAUAUGGAGAAAUGCUACGUUCAAAGUUUUUGUCACAAAAGAUGCUGAUGAAAAUUAUCUGAAUGUACGCUUGAUGAAUAUAAACCAAUCUUUCUUUAAAAAAUAUCAUCUAGAAAUUGAAAAAAGCCGAUUUGUAGAGAAAUGGACAAUGAAGCAGGGUGAUCAUAUUUUGUCUAUCUUACCAAAUAAAGAAGCAAUAAACAGAGGAACACUAGGUGGUUUUGUUUCAAAAAAUGAUAAUGAGAAAAUGAUUUAUGCCUUGACCUGUGGUCAUUGCUUUGAGAGCACAAAUCAAUCUGCAUAUGUCGAUUUUUCUCAUAAGUAUCAAGAAGUUGGUAAGUGUGUAUUUACCACAAAGGAAAAAGCAUGUGAUGCUGCUGCUAUUGAGAUAAAAGAUUCAUUUAUAAACAAAUGCGAUGUGGCUUUCAGAAGAGAAGACAAAAAGAAAACCAAUGCAAAAGUAUAUACACAAAGCUUAGAAAACGUACACUUUGUGCAUAAAAUUGGUGCCGAAACUAGCGUAACAAACGGAACAAUUGUUAGUUCUGAGUACUAUGAUAAAGAAGUCAAUGCUGAAAAUAAAGAUUACGUGUUUCUGGUUGAAGGUACAAACGGUAAUUUUUCUAGCGAAGGCGAUAGUGGUUCGCUAGUAUUUGCCAGACCAAAGACUGGAACACAAACUUAUGUUAAUGUCUUGGGUAUAAUAUACGCCACUAAACACAAAAUAUCUGAUAAAGACACCGCAGAGACUGGAAGAUUAGGUUCGGACGAAUCUCAAAGCGAAGAAAAGGAAACAAAAAAUGAUCAUGUGACUGAUAAACCAAGAUCGAAAACGACAACAUCAAAUAAAGGUGUAGAAAACUCUUGUGCUGUACACGCAAACGAAGGUCAUAGCUUUACCUGUUGUUGCCGCAUCAGCACAGCACUUACACUCUUCGAAGAGAACCAGGGUGAAGGUUUUAAAGUAUCAUUUAAAGAUGAUUUGUCGUCUUCUUCAUCACAAUCGUCGAAUUCCGACGAUUCAAACGAAGAAGCUAUAGAAUGAUAUAUGCAAAGACUUUCAACAUUUUGGGUUGACUUUGAAUCAGGUUAAGAUGAUUUUUACAGAUUCUUUAAUAUUUUGAUACAGAACGAUAAACCCCUCUAGAAUGAAGAUGGAUAGCAAAUGCUCGUACAACAGGCAACACUGUUGUUUUGUACUCUGUUUUAUAGUACUUUUUCUUAAAUGUCUGUUUGUGUUUGUUAUAAUUGGAUAUUAACUAUUGUGUCGGGCGUAAGCUGUUUAAUCCGACUUAAGCUAAUUUAGAUACACAUGUAUCAUUACUUCCGAACAAUGACAGAGCAAACGGGACACACUGCUUCUUCGCUAGCUAAGAUUUAGCUGUUCUCUCAGAUCCUAAUAAGUCUUUGGCGGAUCAAUAUCGGUCAAUCAUUCAGUGUGGUAGUUAAAUGUAACUUUAAUCUUCAUGUAUUGAUUUAAUCGCAACAUCCAUAUUGUGUAAUAGUAAAUAUGAUGCGCUCAUAAGCUUAGAAAUACGUUGGGUCUAUAAAAAGAAACAAAGAUGCGAACUUU